AUGAAUUAAUAAGGAUGUUUGUUUUAGAAAAAAAAUUUAUCCAAAUUUUAUACUGAAGUUAUGGUAUCCUAAGUUUAUUACAAAAAUAAGCUGAAAGUAUUGGAAAAAAUGGUUGGAAUUAUGGGAUAUUAUGAAUUAAAAAAGGGAUACUCACAGUAAGAUAUAUUAUUUAAUAUAAGAAUACGGUUAGCUGAAUUGGAAAUGGAGGUUAUCUUGAAUUUCGCUUGGUAAAGGUGAUACGUACAUUAGGAUUGAGAGAGAGAGACGUGAAUUUGAAAUAGAUUCUAUUGUUUAAAUGGAGAAAAAACAUUGUUGAAAUCAAGGUGGUUUAAUUCCUAUUGAAAUAAAUAAAUUUAAGAUUUAAGAUGUCUUUAAAACUUAAUUAUAUCGCUGGCAAUCCAAGAGCAAAUAAAAUCCUCGUUGCUGCUAAACUCGCCAAUGUUGAUGUUGCUUCCCACCUCUUAGAAUGGAAAGAUUUAGAAGUAUUCAAUACCUUCAUUCAUUCUAGACCCCAGAAUUCUUAGCAAAGAAUCCAUUGGGUAAAGUCCCUAUCCUAGAGACCCCAGAAGGAAUAUUGAGCGAAAGCAAUGCUAUCCUUUAAUAUGUGGUCAGAGGAACUCCUUUGGUUGGAGCCAAUGAAUUCCAAUAAGCCAAAGUCAAAUAAUGGUUAGACUUUGCAACAGGUGAAAUCGAGCCAUAAUUGAUUUAACUCUUGUUGCCAGUCCUUGGACAUUUUCCAAUCAAUCCAACAUAAGCUACUUAAGCUCAUGCUGAAUUGGAUUGGAAAUUCAAAGUAUUGGAAGCCCAUUUCGCCAAUAGUAAAUACUUGGUGGGUGAUUAAUUGACAAUUGCUGAUAUUAAUUUAGCUUCAUACUUUUAAGGAAUAUUCUAAUUCCUCUAUGGAGAAGAUGACAGAGUUAAGUUAGUGAAUAUUGUCAGAUGGUAUAAAUAAGUAUCAGAACUUCCAGCUUUCUUAGAUGUAUUUGAAUCAAUAAUAUUUAGUUAUUCGGAAGAACAAGAUAUACAAAGAAGCCAUUCCCUGCAUUGUAAUUUGCUGGACACCACCACGGUCAAGCUCAUGGUCAUGAACAUCAUGAAAAGAAGGAGAAGAAAGAGAAAUAACCUUAAUAACAAUAACAAAAACAAGAGAAACCAAAGAAGGAGGAAAAACCAUAAAAGGCUGAUGAAGAAGAGGAAGAAAAACCAAAGAAGUAAGUCUGUGAAUUUGAUGCCUUACCCCCAUCAACCUUCAAUAUCGAUGAUUGGAAGAGACAAUUCUUAGCAUCAAAGGACUAAGCUGCUGAAUUCUAACACUUUUGGAAUGUCUUUGAUUCAUAAGGAUGGUCUAUCUGGAUUGUCAAAUACAUUAAGGCAGAAGGUGAAGGAAAAGUUCUUAUUUCCUUCAGAAACAAUUGCAAUGGAUUUUUACAAAGAGCUGAUCCACACUUCAAGAAAUGGGCAUUUGCUAUCCAUGGUGUCUAUGGAGAUGUUCCAAAUCUUGAUAUUAGUGGUGCAUGGAUCUGGAGAGGAACUGAAGUCCCAUAAUAUUUGGUAUUCAAUUUUUCGAAAUUUCUAGAAAGAUCACCCAACAUUCGAGUAUCUUUAACUUACAAAGCUUGAUGCAACCAAACCUGAAGACAGAGCCUUGUUUGAAGAAUACUGGACUCAAUAGACAGAAGACGAAUCAAAGGUCUAAGGCUAAACAGCAAGAGCUUUAUAUUAUUUCAGAUGAUAAGUUAUCUAAAAUAUCGUACACAAUAAAUAGAAAUACAAAUCGUU